UCUCUCUCCCCCUCUCAGUCUCUCUCCUCCCUCCUCCCUCCUCCGCCCUCUCCCCCUCUCACUCCCCAAAAAACAACGAGUCCGUCGAGGCCGAGCCAGGGGCGGGGGCCGGAUGACUUGCCGGUGGAGAGGUCCUGGUCGAAGCGGACGUACCUGACAGCGGAGAAGGCGAAAGAGAGGCCCUAGGAGAGCUGGAUGUCGUGGACGACGGGGAGGGGGAUGAAAUUUUGCAAAUGACUCUUGCCUUUCCAAAGGCUAUGAGAUGGUGGAAGAAAGGGUUGCAGCCAAACAUGAAGGAGAUCGAAUCAGCUCAAGAUCUCGUCGAUUCUUUACAAACCGCAGGCGACAAGCUCGUGGUUGUAGAUUUCUUCUCUCCUGGAUGCGGAGGAUGCAAAGCCCUUCACCCAAAGAUAAAACACUUUUCUCAAUUCUCUUGAAGCAGAAACGCGAAUCUGGUUUACAUCUUUGGCAUGGUUUAAGAUGUCUAAGCAGCUAUCAUGGCACAGGAAAGUUUGACUUGACUGAUCUAACCUGUCCUCAUACAUGGUACCCAAAUGCUCGGAGGAAGAAGCGAAACGUGUUCUUGCAUGUUGGACCUACAAACAGUGGAAAGACAUAUAAUGCACUCAAGCGAUUGGAAUCUAGCACCUCAGGAAUAUACUGUGGACCUUUAAGACUAUUGGCGUGGGAGGUCGCAAAAAGAUUGAACAGGGCAAACGUUCUAUGUAACUUGAUGACUGGACAAGAAAGAGAGGAAAUAGAUGGUGCGAAGCACAGUGCAGUGACUGUUGAAAUGGCUGAUGUGCUCGGAGAUUAUCAAUGCGCUGUUAUAGAUGAAAUUCAGAUGGUAGCAUGCAAACAAAGAGGGUAUUCAUUUACUCGUGCAUUGUUAGGGAUCUGCUCAGAUGAACUUCACAUUUGUGGAGACCCAGCUGCUGUUCCUCUUAUCCAGAGUAUAUUGGAAGUAACUGAUGAUGUCGUCCAGGUUCAAUAUUAUGAGAGAUUGUCCCCUCUGGUGCCCUCAAAAACUCCACUUGGGUCCUUCUCUAACAUUAGAACUGGUGAUUGCAUUGUUACUUUCUCGAGGCGUGGGAUAUAUAAGCUGAAGAGAAGAAUUGAAAAGGAAGAGAAGCAUCUUUGUUCUGUCGUAUAUGGCUCACUACCACCUGAAACUCGAACUAAACAGGCUUCAAAGUUCAAUGACGAAAGCAGUGAGUUUGAUGUUCUUGUAGCCAGUGAUGCUAUUGGAAUGGGUCUCAAUCUGAACAUUUCUAGAAUCAUCUUUUCAACAUUGAAGAAAUUUGAUGGCGUGCAGACGAGGGAUCUUACCGUGCCUGAAAUUAAGCAGAUUGCAGGCAGGGCUGGAAGAUAUGGAUCAAAAUUUCCUGUUGGAGAAGUAACAUGUUUGAAAGGUGAAGAUCUACCUCUGCUUCAUUCAGCUCUGGGAUCCUCCUCUCCUGUAUUAGAGCGUGCUGGACUCUUUCCUACCUUUGAUCUUCUGGCAUUAUACUCAAGACUUCAGUCAACAACUAGUUUCCAUUCCAUACUGGAAAAAUUCUUGGAGUGCGCCAAACUCUCCUCUAAUUACUUCAUUGCUGAUUGUGAAGAUAUUCUGAAGGUUGCAGCUGUUGUUGAUGACUUCCCUCUUGGCUUGCAUGAUAAGUACCUUUUCUGUAUAAGUCCUGUUGAUAUGACUGAUGAUAUUUCUGCUCAGGCUCUGGUGCAGUUUGCAGGAAACUAUGCAAAGACGGGCCUGGUUCGUCUUAGAGAAAUAUUUACACCUGGAUCUCUUCAAGUUCCUAAAUCACAAAGUGCACUUGAAGAGCUUGAAUCUAUUCACAAGGUGCUGGAUCUCUAUAUAUGGUUGAGCUUCAGACUGGAAGAAUCUUUCCCGGACCGUGAGUUGGCUUCCUCUCAGAAAGCAGCCUGCAGCUUAUUGAUUGAAGAGUUUUUAGAGAGACUAGGAUGGCAGAAGCCGGGAAAGGUAUUCUCAAAAAGCUACAGAUCAGGAAUGAAAACUUCCAGCAUAAUCAUUUAUCCGAUCAACACCAAGCAGAUGCUUCUCUUUCAGGGUAUUUUAUGGUGCGGCGACUAGAUUUCAUGACACAGGAUAAUUAUUGCUGCUAAUUAUUUGAUGCAAGAUUUAGUGUACAGACAUUUUGUUAAUAAAACAGUUCUUUUUCGGGAAAAAUAGGGCAAGAUGCUCUAUUCAAAAGUAUAUUAUAUUUACAAAGAAUACAUACGAGGUGAUAUGAAGAUCCAAAGAAACAAGGUUGAUACAAUGGCAAGAUACGUUCUGUUAAUCAAA